UAAAUGCGCGGUUGUUCAGAAGUCUAUAGUGCAUGAACUUUACCACAGGUAUAUGUGUAACUUUCUUUUUCAUUACCAAAACUGUUCACAAAUUGCCUCUUUUAACAUUAUAGUUUUAGUUCUAUAAAUAGCACCCUUCCAUAUUCAUUUCUCAUGCAUCACACCCUAAACUAAAACAAAAAAUGGCUUCCUUUCUCCUCAAAGUGACCGCAAUACUCUUCUUCUCUUCGUUCUCUCUCCUUCUCCUAGUGCCGCCGAUCGUGUCGUAGACACGGAGGGCGACCCAGUAAGAAAUGACGGAGACUAUUACAUCCUUCCACACUCAAAAAACACUGGUGGCCUUAUUGCAUCAGACUCAACUAGACGCUUCCAUAUCUGCCCUCGAUACGUUGGCACCGCAGAUUCCGGAGAAGAUGGCUUGGACUUGAAGAUCUCGUCACCGGUAAGAGUAUACGAUCUCUUGACCUCUAUUCCCGUCGAGUUAACCUUCAACACUUAUAUCCCCAUCUGCGGCUUGACGACCCCAUUGCGGUGGUGGGUGGGUCCGAGUGAUGCCAACGACAAAGCGCCGAUAAUUGUCGGUACUGAUGGGCCGUUCAAGUCUAAUUACGCUUUCUUGAUUGAAAGAUCUAAUGUUGCUACAGAUGUGUACAACAUUAAAUUUUGUCACUACCACGAGUUCAAGUUCGAGUCCAAGGCCAAGUCCAAGUCCAAGUCCAGAAGAAUCAAAACUUCUGAUGAUGAUGAUGACGAUGAUGAUUACAACGACGACGAUGACGAUGAUUAUAAGCAGUGUAGAGAUGUUACCAUUCUUGACGACGGACAUUUGGGAGUCGCCAAAGAUUCUCCAUUCCCGGUUACUUUCAAGAAGAAGUCAAAUUUCCCAUUUUUAGCCGCAAAGAUGUAGAUUUCACACUUGCAUGUGUCAAUGUACGUGGUAUUAUAUUAUGUGGUUGUAAUCUAUGCUUCAAAUAAUUUCUCCUAUAGUUUAUGUAUGUAUAGGCUAAAGGAGAAUAUUCCCCCUUUUAUGUCAUAUUUUAAUUUUGAGUGAAGAUAUGUAUUAAGAUAUAUUUUAGGAAAUAGAUAUAUUUAGGAAAUAUUUUUGAUCUAGUGAAUAUUUCCAUAUCUUAUCUUGGUUCUCCUAAGCUGGCAACACACGUUUUAUGUGGCUUAGGAAACUAAUUGUUUGUAUUAUAAAUAUUGAGCUCAUGAAAGCUAAUGAAAUUAAGUGAAGUUUCUCUGUUUCUACAUGGUAUCAAGCCAAUCGAUUUUUUUUCUUCUUUUCUUCAUAUUAAGUAGCCAUGGCUGGCGGUGCCGAACCACCACCACCACCAAACAAAAUUGAACCUAAUUCCCCUUAUUACCUUGGCUCGCAAGAUCGACCGGGAGAUUUCAUCACUCCUACCCGUCUAAAGGCUGAUAAUUAUGAGGAAUGGGCAGCCGAUAUUCAAACGGCGUUAGAAGCCCGCCGAAAGUUCGAGUUUUUGGAUGGCACCAUUAAUGAACCAUCCCCGCCUUGUACAAAGUCCGAUUGGACGGCCAUAAACGCGAUGCUCAUAUCUUGGAUAUCAAACACUAUCGACUCUGAUUUAAAAUCUUCUCUGUCAAAAUUCAGAGAGGCUAAGCCGUUUUGGGACCAUCUAAAGCAGCGCUUUGCUCAAACAAACGGACCUAGAAUUCAACAAUUACGCUCUUCAAUUGCUAAGUGCGAACAGACUAAGAUGAUGCCCGUCUCAAUUUAUUACGGUAAAUUACAUUCUUUGUGGCAAGAAUUAGACCAUCACGAGCCUCUGAUUUCAUGCUCAUGCUGUAACUCGUGUUCGGCUGGCCGUUUACAUGAAGAAAGGAGGGCUCAGGCCAGAUUACAUGACUUUCUUAUGGGUCUCUAUUCUGAUUAUUAUGCUCCUCUCAGUUCACAAAUUCUUUCUCAAGAUCCUCUUCCGAGUCUUGACCGUGCAUAUCAAUUGGUAUCACAAGACGAACGAGUUCGCACAUCGAGGAAAGAGGCCGAACUCAAGGUUGAGUCCACGCCGUCUGAGACGGUGGGAUUUUCUGUUCGGGCAGGGACCGAUCGAGGCCGAGGUCGUGAAAAACCGGUCUGUUCUAAGUGUCGACGAACAGGCCAUGCAACCUCUUCUUGUUGGGCAGAUAUAAUAUGUGGUUAUUGCAAGAAACAAGGUCACCCAGAGACUCAUUGCUAUGAGCUUGUGGGUCGACCCGAUUCCAAGAAACCUUCUUCAACAGGGCAAGGACGUGGGCAGGUCCGAGCCAAUGCAGCGACGGGCGGCAGUCCAAAUUCCUCUGUUUCAGCCUUGGGACAACUAUUCACGCCAGAACAGUGGAAAGCCAUAGCGGGAGUUGUUGGUAAUGCUAAAAUUCCCGAUAAUAGAUUAACCGGACCAAGCGAAGGAGCUGAUUGGAACGGGAAUUAGGAGAGACGGACUAUACUAUUUUAGCAAACCGAAAUUUGUGUCAACUGUUAACGCUUCAUCGAAUUUGGAAUUGUGGCAUCGACGGCUCGGACAUCCUUCAGUGAAAGUAGUUAAGUUAAUUCCUCAUGUCAGUAUUAGUAAUGGUCAUUUAAAUAAAGGUUGUGAAGUAUGUAUGCAUGCCAAACAUCCAAGAGACAAAUUUCCUUUAAGUGAUAAUAAAACCUCAAGAAUUUUUGAGAAAAUACACUGUGAUUUGUGGGGUCCAUAUAGACAUGUUUCGUCGUGUGGGGCUCGUUAUUUUUUAACAAUAGUUGAUGAUUUUUCAAGAGCAAUUUGGAUUUAUUUGUUGGUCGAUAAAUUAGAAGUAUUUCAGAUGUUUAUGUCCUUUGUUGCUAUGGUUGAUCGACAAUUUUCUCAAACUAUAAAAGUGGUUCAAAGUGAUAAUGGCACUGAGUUUAAUUGCUUGCGUGAA